CGAUGGUGUCCGAACGCCUUGUGAAAUUCAGAAGCGAUUUGAUCGAUCGCAUGAAUCAGCGCAGAGGUCGGGUUCUCCGCGUGAUUGGAAUUACUUAAAACGAUCAAGGCAUCGAUGACGAUUGCGUCGUGAUGAUUCAUUCGCUAGCGAUGACAAACAGCGUGAAUUGCCACCGAAUAAAAAUAUCUUUCGUAACUCAUCUCGAGAGUUACGUCGCCGUUACGAAUUCCGUUACGAUCAUCGCUUGAAUCCGCAACAUUAGCAAAUAUUGCCGUGUUUCGAUUCGUCGAAACAGAAAAAUUGUAAACAAUUGUCAACAAUUGUUAAUCAUCGCGUAAUUACGCGUGAAGCAAGCGCGACGUUGUAUUGGUUCCUGAUGUUCGUUAUCGAAACUUCGUGAUUCUGAUAAGGUUGAUAAGCAGUCCGCCGACCGAUUGACUGAACACCGAGUUCUCUCGUGAGUUUCGAUUAGGCAAGACUUCCGCGAACGUCGCUCCGCGUUUUUCCAAUUAUUUGUUUAUCCAUCCACUCGGUCGUUCCAUUCGGCAUAAUCGACCAUGGAGAUCCUCUCCAUGAAAAAAUGGGACCCCAUGGACGAGUAUUUCGAGGAUUUUUACAUCCUCUUCAACGGGAUCGAUCAGAAUGGUGACGGUUUCAUCGACCUGGCGGAGCUCAGGGGUGCGUUGGACGUUUGCGGUUUCAAAAUGCCGGGUUACAAGGUGCGCCGUAUGAUCGAGGAGUACGACGACAAGUCCCGGCUGGAGCACAAGGGUCGUUUGUCAUUCGAGGAGUUCGAGAAACUCUGCAAAGAACUGAAAGCAAACGAGUUGGGCUCGACUUUCAAGCAGGUGGUGUCGAAGAAGGAGAAUCUGGAAACGCUGGGCGGAAUAUCCGAGGCCUCCAGCGAGGGGACGACCCAUUCCGUCCGGCUCGAGGAACAGCUGGCCUUCAGCGAUUGGAUCAACACGAACCUCGGCUACGAUCCCGACCUCAAACAUCUCCUGCCCAUAGACUCGGAGGGGAGGACUUUAUACGACAAAGUCAAGGACGGAAUACUUCUUUGCAAGAUAAUCAACCACUCGUGUCCCGACACUAUCGACGAACGUACGAUAAACAAGAAGAAUCUUACGCUGUACACGAAGCACGAGAACCUCACGCUCGCCCUGUCUUCGGCGCAGGCGAUCGGAUGCAACAUAAUCAACAUCGACGCUCACGAUCUGACGAAAGGGUCGCCUCAUCUGGUUCUCGGACUGCUGUGGCAGAUCAUCAGGAUCGGUUUGUUCAAUCAAAUAACCUUGGAGAACUGUCCGGGACUAACUACCCUCCUGCAAGACGGAGAAAGGAUCGAGGACCUUCUGAAAUUAUCACCGGAAGCUAUACUGUUGAGGUGGGUGAACCACCACCUCCAGAAGGCCGGCGUUUCGAGGAGGUGCAAUAACUUCCAAUCGGACAUUACCGAUUCCGAGAUCUACUCGCAUCUGAUAAAACAAAUCGCCCCAUCCGACGCCGACGUAACACUGGAAGCUCUCAUGGAACCGAAUCACAGCACCCGAGCGGAAAUAAUGUUGCAACAGGCCGCGAAACUCGGAUGCAGAAGUUUCGUUACACCCAACGACGUUGUGAACGGAAUAUACAAGCUCAAUUUGGCCUUCGUAGCGAAUCUGUUCAACAAUCAUCCCGGACUGGACAAUCCGGAGACGGUGAUCGAGGGCCUCGAAUCCCUCGAGGAAACGAGGGAAGAAAAAACUUACAGAAAUUGGAUGAACUCGUUGGGCGUUUCGCCGCACGUCAACUGGCUCUAUUCGGACCUAGCCGACGGUCUCGUCAUAUUCCAACUAUACGACAUCAUCAAACCGGGUACCGUCAGCUGGAACAAGGUCCACAAAAAGUUCACGAAGCUCAGAAAGUUCAUGGAAAAACUGGAGAACUGCAACUACGCGGUGGCCCUUGGGAAGCAGAUGAACUUCUCGCUGGUCGGAAUCGCCGGGCAGGACAUAAACGACGGUAACGCCACCCUCACGCUCGCCUUGAUCUGGCAGUUGAUGAGAUCGUACACCCUUUCGAUUCUCGCGUCCCUCGCGGGCACCCAGGGCAGUCCGAUCGUCGAGAAGUCGAUAGUUCAAUGGGUGAAUUCGAAGCUCCAAGCGGCGGGCAAGACCAGCAGCAUAAAGAGCUUUCAGGACUACAGUAUAUCCGACGCGAAGGUGGUGAUCGAUCUGAUCGACACCAUAAAGCCUGGUAUAAUAAAUUACGACCUCGUUAAGGAGGGCGGAACGGACGCGUCGAAUUUGGAUAACGCCAAGUACGCGAUAUCGACGGCGAGGAAAAUCGGUGCGCGGGUAUACGCGCUUCCGGAGGACAUAGCCGAGGUGAAACCAAAAAUGGUGAUGACGGUGUUCGCGUGUUUGAUGGCCCUAGAUUACGUACCGGACAUGGAUUCCGUUAAAGAGAAGAACGGCGACGUCGUGAUUCAGUAACGAAGAAUCGUCAAUUUUUGUAUAUUUCUUUAUCUCUCUAUCGUCUCGCGAGCGAAAGCCUGAUCGUUUCGCAAAACCAAUGAUGUCAUUGGACGUAUUUUGAUACCGAAGCGCGUAAUAAUUGUACAUAUAUAUUUCUCUUUUAGUGUAAGUUAAUGAAAUGAAAACCCAGGAAGGGGUAGGGAAGGGUGAAACAAAUCAACGGGGGAGCAUGACAAGAAUCAAAGAAUCUAACGAUUGGGUGUUGCAUGUCGAUGCGGAUUGUUAAUCCAAAAUUUACGAUACGAGUCGUAGAAAAACGUAACGGAAUGCACCGCGCGUACAGUGUUUCACGUUUUAGUAAUGGUACACUUACACCGUUCAUCGAUAAGGAGCUUUUAAUUUUUUCUUUCUCACGACUAAAUGAGUGCGCGCCUGUCGCGCCCUUGACUAGUUAGAAUUACGUAACUAUCUACUAUUUCGAUAACGUUAUGCGGUGUUCGUUUUUUCUUCACCGCAAAUUUUUGAUAACCACGUUUCUCGCUAAGAGGCCGUUACACGCGCCCGCCUACGUGAAAAUAAUAUUUAUACCGUUUUCAAUUUUUUACCGAGAUGUACUUAACCGAGAAGAUGAUACAGAGGGGGCGGUGAACUGCUUGGAACUUUAUAAAUUUUUUUAAUCAAAACCGCCCCCUACGCAAGUCGAUCUAAUAAUUAUAGCCGUGCGGUAUAUUUGAUAAACUAUUUAAUCACUGAUGAUCUCGGGAUAAAAAAAGACAAUUGAAAAUAAAAAGAACCAGAAGGAAAAAAAAUCAUUCUUUAGAUUUAAGAUACUGUUGUAACGAACCAAUCUGAUCUACAUAAGUAUACGUAUGCGUCUGGAGAAGGUAUAUCGUGAACGUAAAAAUGUGUCGUAACAAAAAAAAGAAAAAGCAAAAAAAAAAAUUGGAGUAAAAAAUUGUCUCACACUACACUACACUAUUCUAUGGUGGAAAAUUAUUAUUCGAUAAUCUUUACCUCCUGACAAUAGUUUUCUUUCUCUAGUGAAAUCUGUGGGAAAUCAUAUUCUUUUUUUAGUUUUUGGUGGAAUCCAGUAAGUUUAUUGAUUGCACCGGAUUUCUACCAAUUCUUAUUUGUAUCUAUUUGAAUUUCAAUUUUCGUAUCGAAUGAAGGAGGGAAGUUAGUCAGGAUCGGAGUGAUUGUUGUGGUUGUAUUUAUACAUGAUCUAUGAGAAGAGGUGAAUUUUUCAUUGGUCGUCAACGUACUAUUUAAUUAUUCAACCAGAUAUUCGCUGUCGGUAACGCGUUUUUCAUUUAGUUUUUAUACGAAACUGCAAAGCUAAGAAUGAAAAAAAAAAGAAAAUGGCGGCGGGUACCGUUUAAAACGGAUAUUAUUUCGGUAACGCGUUUCCGCAAAUGACGGCCGUAAUCGAGAGUCUUGGGCAUAUUGCAAUUUUGUUGUUGUUUUUUUUGUUUUUUGGUCUCUUUUCGGUAUCUCAGAAUAAGGAUAAUCAAACGGAUGAGCCGCAACGCGGUUUCGAUUUUCGGAAAUUAUAGUCAUUUAAUGAAAUAAGAAUUAUUAUGCAUGUACCUAACUGUUACGAAUUGAAAAUGAGAGUAGGUUAUAAGAAUGUGAGGAAUCAUUGAUAUUUCGGCUUGACAAAAGAGAAGAGAAAAAAAAAAAAAAAGAAUUAGGAAAGAAACUAGCAAGGAUUCUUGAUCGUUGUUAAUUAUCAUAAUUAUGAAUCGAUUAAUUCUUUUUAUCAAAUAAUCGUAAGUCGGUAAUGAUCAUUAAGGUGUAUACGCAGGGAAUGGGGAGUACGUACGACAAGCUUUGAUUGAUCGGAGUGACGUGGAUAUUUGAGGACGAAUUUAUUGCUAUCCGUAAGAAUGAAGCGUGUGACUUUGGCCCCGUGAAUCUAAAUCCAAAACCCGAAACCCCAAAUCUCUGAACCGAGUGUCAUAACGUGCGACGUGACUAAGUUAUUCUGCAGACGGUAUAAAACCAACGCUCGUCGAUCCAUUGUAUGCACGUAUAUAGAUAUUAGUUGUAAUUAAUGUAAUUGUAAUCUAAAUAAAGACAAAUUUAUCUAAGAA